AUGGUCAAUAUUGAUAACCGACUGUCAAAAUUGACAAGUAGAUUAUUUCAAACUUUUAUGUUUUUUGCUCAUACGACACGAUUAACUCCACUCCUAGGAAUCUUCAUCAAUAACAAUAAUAACAAUUUACAUUCAAGUCAAUAUCAAUUUUCCGACAACAAAAUUACAACAUCCUCCAUAACGUCGACAUCAACAACAACCACUCGAAUGAAUUCACACAAAAGACAUACGACAAAUUGUUCUGUACAAAAUAAUAUACCUCUACCAAUAGUAGGAGUGGCACUAGUGUUGACAUUUCUACUCUUAUUUAUACAAAUAUGGUCAUUCUGUCAUUGUAUUUCACAUGUGAACAACAAUAAUAACAACAAUAACAACAACAAUAACAAUAACAACCAACAUACAAAUGAUGACCUAACUACUAGUCCUCUUGGAGCAUACACAACGAUGAGUCAUUUCUUUAUAUUUGCACAUGCUUCUCCAACACUCUUUACUCGUCACUUGUUCAAUUCCGAUUCAACAACAACAACAAGUCAUGAUGAUGAUGGAACACAAAAAAAAGAAGAACCAACCACAUCGACGACACAGAUCUCCAACAGUGAUGUCUUGAUCAUUAUAUUAACCUCUACUUUGGGUGGUAUUUGUUUAUUCAUUACACUUGUCUCAGUGAUUGUCAUUUCCAUUUAUAUCUAUCGACAAAAGAAGAAGAGAACAGAACAAGAACCAUCUUUCCAUUUCUCCUUGGAAAAAGGAGAUGCUACCACACCAUUAUUGAACAAGUCUCAUUUCAAUACGAGUCAUCAAAACGGUUCAACAACAACACCAAUCACACCAAUCACACCAAUAAUCACAACACCAACAACAACAACAAUCACAACACCACCAACAACUUCUAAACAUUCACACCCUCUCAAGAAAAUUAAUUUACAACUCAUUAAGGAAGGUAUGAUCAAAUCAUGUAUUCAGGAUCGAGAAGGUAUUUUAAUUAAGAGUGCCAUUGCUAAGGAUUUACCACGACUUGUGAAAAAAACCAUUCUCUAUUUUAAUCAUUCCGAGUUAUUUUCAUUAUUGGAAAAUGAAACCAUUCGUGUGAAUUCCAAUCAUUUAAAAUUAGAUUCCAAAGAUGUCAAUGAUAUUAACAUGAUUUGUUGUAGAUUUUUAGCAGAUUUAUCAAAAUGUGUGAAUAUUGGAAGUGAACAUUAUCAUUCAUCUCUUUCCGAUGAAGAUGUCUUGUCCUCGUUUUCUUGUCAUUCAGAUUCGACUCCUUUCAUGAAUGGUAGCAUGACGAUGAUGAGGAUGAAUGGACAUGAUGAACCUAUCAUGUCUAUGGAAAUGAAUGGACAACAACAACAGAAUAUGAGUGAUCUUUUACAUGGACAACAACAACAACAGAAUAUGAGUGAAUCUCAUUUCAGGCUGAUUGUGGAUUCAAGAGAUGCAAGUAGUAGUGGUGGUGGUGGUGUGGAUGAUCAUCAAGAUUCAAUUACAAAUCGAUUUGAAUCUCAUGAUCGAACAAACACAACAUCAACAGCAACAGCAACAGAAACAGCAAUAGAAACAACACCCAUGGAAUUUCAAACUCAACAACAAUUAACUCUAGAAGAAUAUCAUCGAAUGGUCACUUUUCAAAAAAAGAGAAAAUCAACCUUAAUGCUCAUUCGAGCGUUGAAUCAUGUGCGGAAUCGAACAUUGAAUCCACAUGCUUUACUUGACGAUGAGUCAUCUCCUUCUUCUUCUUCUUCGAAUCUUGCAUUGAAUAUUCAAAAUUUUGAAUCCUUUUCCAUUUUCCUGAAAGAAACAUUUGGUGAAAAUUCUCCAGUCGUUCAUGUCUUGAAAUUGUGUUCACAAACUGCACUUUUCGAAGGUUUAAAUCAAAUACGACCAGCUCUUCUCGAUAUGGGAAUUAUGUUCAAAGAUUUUAGAGGAAGAAAUUGGAUUGUAAAAAUUUAUACCAAUUCUCAUCAUGAACGACCACUCAUUAUUCAUGAAAGAAUUGAACAAGUAAUUAAUAUGCAAUUACAACCACUCUAUACAUUUACGUAUCAAUUACAAAUUGAAAUGGAUGAAGAAUUUGAAACUGUGACCGACGUGAAUGUGAAAUUAUUGAAUAUUGAUUUUAGUAAGAAUUCAAUUCUUUCAGAGAUGGAACAACAAGUCCAUGAGAACAAGUUGAAAUUGGUGAUGGAUUCUUGUAGGCCAUAA